AUAAUAGAUGAGGAAACUUAACUAGUACUUCAAACCCAAAACAUGAGAAACCCAGCCACAGCAACAACGCCGGCGACAAAAAUAACGACGACAACGACAAGAAACAACAGCGGAGCCAAGACUCCCUGCUGCAUCAAGGUAGGGCUGAAGAGGGGGCCAUGGACCCCAGAAGAGGAUGAGUUAUUGGCCAGUUACAUCAAGAGGGAAGGUGAAGGACGGUGGCGGACUCUGCCGAAGCGGGCGGGGCUCCUGCGUUGCGGCAAAAGCUGUCGCCUCCGUUGGAUGAACUAUCUCCGACCCUCCGUGAAACGAGGGCAGAUCGCCCCUGAUGAGGAGGAUCUCAUUCUGCGCCUUCAUCGCCUUCUGGGCAAUCGAUGGUCACUCAUAGCUGGAAGAAUCCCAGGGCGUACAGACAAUGAGAUAAAGAACUACUGGAACACUCACCUGAGUAAGAAGUUGAUCAACCAAGGAAUAGAUCCAAGAACCCACAAGCCUUUAAACCCUCAACAGUCACCAAGCGAUCUCAAAGCUUCUUCUUCCUCCAAGGCAAACCGUGGGGGUGCUACAAUCCCUAAGCCAAAUAAUCCUGCUUCUUCCAGCUUGGAAGAGACUAGUAGCGGUCAAAUCACCGCUCACAAAGAAAAUGAGUAUUUCCAGAGCAAUAAUACUCUUCAUCACUAUCAAACUGAGACAGCAAUGGCCCAUGGAUUCACCAGUCUGCUUAAUUGCGAGGAUUCUGGAAUAGAAAUGAGAAGCAACCAAAACCAAGGGAUAAGCAAUGAGGAAGAUGAGGAUAUCAAUUACUGCACUGAUGAUGUCUUCUCCUCCUUUCUGAAUUCAUUGAUAAACGAAGAAGCUUUCGCCAACCAGAAUCAAAUGCAACAGCAGACCAAUGUGACUGCACAAGCCGAUGCAUUGGUUUCAGUUACUGCAACAACUUUUGGCCUUGUCCAAGGCUGGGAAUCUCCCAUCAUGUCUUCAAAUUUCAACCAAAAUGACCCCAAUAGGGUUAAAGAUCAUCUCAACUAGCGUCUUCUGAAGCGUCAGCUUUCAUUAUGAAAUUGCAGCUGAUUAGCUUGAUAUAGUAUUGUAGGGUUUGGUUUUUUUAUUUUAUUUUUUUAUUUCUGUGUAUGUUAUAUUCUCUAUUCUUGUUCCACUUAGUCAUCCUAUUAUUUCCAUUUUGUUGUGUUUGCAGAUAUAUAUGUAUCACUGUAAGCUAAGAUAUAAGUGGAGCAAUGUAUUGAUACAAACUUGUGUCAUUGUGUGUGAUAUGUAUUUUUCGUUUACGUAAUUAAAAUAUCUAAGCUUAUUUCAUAAAA